UCAUAUUUAUUCUGCGCAAGCAGCAGGCUUUUGAGGCGAUCUGUAGACGGGGCUCCACCCCAGGAUCCAUUGACCAUGGCCGACUUCAUGAAGGUAGCCAAGUCCAAGAUUGACGCCUCGGCCGGCGAGCUGAACACCAUAAGCCAGGAGAUCUGGUCCCACCCGGAGCUGAACUUCAACGAGCACCACGCCCACGAGGUGCUGACGGACUACCUGGAGAAGGAAGGGUUCAACGUGGAGCGUCACUUUGUGCUGGAUACAGCUUUCAGGGCAACGUUUGGUUCCGACAACGCUGGGCCCAACAUUUGCGUGAUCUGCGAGUACGACGCCCUGCCAGAGAUUGGCCAUGCCUGUGGGCAUAAUCUGAUCGCAGAGUGUGGCGUGGCCGCCGGGAUCGGCAUAAAGGCUGCAUUGGAGGCUAGCGGAAAUAAAUACGGAAAGGUGACGGUACUAGGGACACCAGGUGAAGAGGGAGGCGGCGGCAAGAAACGUCUCAUCAAGGCCAAUGCCUUUGUUGGCAUUGCUGUAGCCAUGAUGGCUCAUCCUUACAGAUACAACGUGCCACGCCCUAUUGCUCUGUCAAUGACAGUUCUGGUUAUCAAGUUCCAAGGCAAGGCUUCCCAUGCUGCAGCAGCUCCGUGGGAUGGCAACAAUGCACUGGAUGCGGCCGUCACGUGCUACCAGUCCAUCUCCAACAUGAGGCAGCAGAUGAAACCAGCGUGCAGAGUUCACGGGAUUUUCACCAAUGGGGGCGCUGCUCCUAACAUCAUUCCCGAGCAGGCAGAGUUGACCUACUACCUGCGUGCCGUUGACGAAAACGAGCUCGCCAUGCUGAAGAAGAAAGUUGAGGCUUGCGCUGAGGGUGCUGCCAUAGCAACCGAAUGCAAGGUGGAAAUUGAUGCAUCGGGCAUAUCAUACGCCAACCUAAUCACCAAUGACGGACUGUCCAUCAUGUAUGAAGCACACGCACAGGGGAUGGGUGUUGAGUUUAGCCGUGACGAGGCUUUGAGACGAGGGGGCUCCACGGACAUGGGCAACGUGUCCUACGUUGUUCCCAGUAUCCAACCCAAAUUUACCCCGGGCUCGGGAGACGCGGCUAUCCACACAAGACCAUUUGCAUCAGUAGCAGGUGCCCCCGAGGCUCAGGCCCCGACGUUGAUCCAGGCCAAAGCGCUAGCCAUGACGGCCAUCGAGCUGCUCCAACCCAGCGGGCAAGACACCCUCAAGAAGAUACAGAAGGAAUUCAAGGAGACCGUCAGCAAGCUUCCAAUGCCCGAUAUGGGUGAUUAACUCCUUUGUAGCCUCUCUAUUGCCCCCAAACACCCUAGCACUGUAUGGUUAUCAGCUAUGGAUUUAUUCAGGAAAUAAAUACAAUGUUAUAAAAUGUUAUACAAUGUAUACAAUGUUAUACAAUGUAUACAGUUGCUAGUGGGUUAAAGGAGGAUGUGAUUGGACAGAGGUGGUGGUAAGUGUGCUUCCAUGGUUUAAUAUUAUUAACUUGCACAAGUAAUUGAUGUGAUGAGAGACAUGUGUACGCAGUGGAGCAUGCAAAUUGACCUAAAAAAAAUUGCAGGGUUCAAAUCCUGCUGUUUGCCAUGCAUUGUGUCCUUAGGCAAGACACUUAACCCAGAUGUUAACUCUCUAUCUAGCAAGGAGUGUACACCGAUACUGGAUUUAUAAGCUUUGAGAUAACCUGCGUUUAGACGUCAGGGUUUGGAACAUGUACAUCCAACAAGGUUCUUGCUAAUCGAAAGUGUUACGAGAUUAUUCACAAGUAAUGGAUAACUUGCGGAACUAAAUUUAAUGUACAACUCUUUAAAACUGGGUUCAUGUUUUCAUGUUUACAUGUUUACCUGUCAUGAAUCAUGCAUUACAAUCUCCACAAAGUAUAUUUGCACUUUGAUGAUCGUAUUGAAGAGAGAGAAAAAAAAAGACUAUCCAUGAUUAUUAUUGUGCUUUAAAUACAAAGUUUAAAUUUUACUUUGCAAUGAUUUAAGUUGUUGUUGGCCAGUAUGGUAUGCAUCAAUAAUUUUCUAAGAAUUAUGGUAUGUAUUUUUGAUAAGGAUUGUGAAUUAGUAUUAGAUAUACAUACAUGAAUAAUUUAGGGAUGUGUUAAAUAAAUUCCUGAGUUUUGUUGCUCUGCAUACAUAUGGGAAGUAUUAAAAUACGAAUUAUUUUAAGAAGAAUUAAGUUACAUUUACAUUUAGCUUUUAAUUAAGCCUAGCUAUCUGAAAUCAACCAAAUCCUAGAGUUCAAAACUGUAUACAUUUUCAGAACUUACAUAAAUUUAAAUUUUAAAUUUUAGAAAUAUGACAACCAGCACGGGUUGAAAUAUAUAUUUUAGUAGGGAGAUUGUGACUUUCAGAAAAUUCAUGCAGUGUACAUUUUAUAUUGUUACAUUUAGAAUUUUCCUGACUUUUGAGUGCAAAUGAUUUUAAGUUCAGUUAAUAUGUUGAAAGCAUAAUAGUUAAAAUAAUUUAUGUAAGAAAAAGGUGUUCCUCCAAAUCACACUACAGACAUACUGCACGUGUUUUGACGUUAAAUCGUUAUAGGUGGUUGUUUUAUUGCACAGUAUCAAAAUGUUCUUUCACCUAAAAUGUACAAUUGUUUUCUAAUCUACUGGUGAACAAAUUACAUAAGUUCUUUUCUACUCAAGUUCUCGCAAAGAAAUUACUCGCAAUUAGUCAAAUACUUGCAAGUAGUCAACUGAAUUCCCAUAAAAGCAGAAAAAUGACAUACAUGUUAGUAUGAUGGGAAGUAACUUACAAGCAAAUAGCGUGCAAGUCACAUCACAUUCUUCAGCGCUGAGAUAUCCUUACUGUGUAACGUUUUGAGUCAUUUGCUUGAAUUUUUUGAGUUUUUUUGUUUUUUU